AUGGCUUUGAGCAGGUGUUUGGGUCUGCCUCAAGUGAUGCCACCUGCAGGGGCCUCCGGCGGAGGGCCUGGAGCCCCAGAGGGCGUCGGGGAGUGGUUGAGGGGCGCCUACCGCUUUGCCACCGACAGGAACGACUUCCGGAGGAAUUUGAUUAUUAAUUUGGGACUCUUUGCUGCUGGUGUGUGGCUGGCCAGGAACCUAAGUGACAUUGACUUGAUGGCACCCCAGCCAGGCCUGUAGCACAGCUG